GGAUCCAGAUACAGUAUUGACGUUAUUACCCAGACUGUACUCAGGAGAUCUUUCAUCACAGCUGCAGUGAACCAUUACAGCAAAUAAUGGGAAGGAGUAUACGUGGUUCUUUUCACGCUGAAAGUCUGGCUGUCUCCAUCGAACACCGACUUUUGCUUUUUAGCCUUGCCUUCAGCAGGAGGGACUAGAUUUCGGGGCAGCUAGCAAAAACAGUACAUGCUAGCUUUAGCUUAGCUUGCUAGCCCAACUGCUGUUUUAUUGUGGCGCACAACGAACCUCCCAGCUAGCAUCCGACGUAGAGAAAGAAAACAUGGUGUACCUGUUAAAUCCUAUAGAGAACCUGAGGAGCUACAUCAACACCCGCCCCCCGCUGGUCAUCUUUAUGAUCAGCGUCAGUGCGGUGGCCAUCGCCUUCCUGACCAUCGGGUAUUUCUUCAAGAUUAAAGAGAUCAAGUCUCCAGAGUUGACGGAGGACUGGAACACCUUCCUGCUGCGCUUCAACGAGCUGGACUUCUGUGUGUCGGAGAACGAGACGAUAAAGCACGGCCUGAACGAGUCCACCACACCCGACAGCCUGGUGGUGACCAGCGGCCAGGCCCGGUCCAGCACCCAGGUGCCCCUGCUGCUGGAGGACUCGGGGCCCAUCAACAUCUCGGUCCCCAUCACCCUCACUCUGGACCCCCAGCGCCCGUUCGGAGGGUACUCGCGCAAUAUCACCCACCUGUACGCCACAGUGCUGGGCCAGCAGGUCGGCCUCUCUGGCCGGGAAGCCCAUGAAGAGAUAAACAUCACGUUCACGCUGCCGGUCUCCUGGAACUCAGACGAGUGUGUGCUGCACGGACACUGCGAGCAGGUGGUGUUCAGCACGUGCAUGACCAUCAGUGCAGCCAGCAAUAUCUUCCCCGUCACAGUGCAGCCGCCACACUGCGUGCCGGAGACGUACACUAACGCCACCUCCUGGUACAAGGUGUUCACCACCGUCCGCGACUCGGACACGAAGUACAGCCAGGACUACAACCCCUUCUGGUGUUACAAAGGAGCCAUCGGGAAACUGUACCACGCUCUCAACCCAAAGCUGACGGUCAUCGUGCCGGACGACGACCGCUCCCUCAUCAACCUGCACCUGAUGCACACGAGCUACUUCCUGUUUGUCAUGGUCAUCACUAUGUUCUGUUACGCGGUCAUUAAAGGGCGGCCGGGCAAAGUGCGGCAGAGCAGCGCCGACUUCUGCCCAGAGAAGGUACAGCAGACAACAGCAGUGCUAUAUGACGAGAACAGGUGGCGCUCUCAGAGGGUUAAAAAGACAACAGAGAGCUAUUUCAGAACUUACCUGUAACACGGACAAAGACACAGAAGACAUAUAAAUAAACAUCCCAGUUGCCUAGUGAACCCUGGAGAUCCAGUGAGGGACACAACAGCUCUGUGAAUGCAUUACUCUUGCAAUGUUGGGUUUUUCCAACCAAAGAUAUACAAGUGCCUGUAUCUGUCGUGUAAAUAUUUGUAGGAUCUCUGAUAUUCUGUGCGAAACCUCCUUUCUUUUACUGUUAUUAUUUUGCCUGAGUCCCCUUGUGCCAUUUAGGAAACAUGCAGUAAGUAGGCAGAAGGCCACACACCAUACAACGUUUUUUUAUAGCACUUAUUUCCCGAGCAAGAUAGAAAACAAAUCAGCUUUUAUCACAGAUUUCUGAUUGAGGUUUGGCUGUAAAUGUUUGGAUGCUUCAAAAACAUGAUAUUUAGUCACUUGAAAUACUUGUAAGUGCACUAAACUUGAUUGAAAAGAUAAUUGUUGGGGGAAGGGAUGCUCGUGACACAUCGAUAAUUAAAUCUCAAGUGUGCAGCUUCAACAAGAAACAGAAUAAAUAGAGCGUUUUAGUCAAAGAUGGCAUAAGGUCUGUUCAAAAGAAGCAAUUAGUUUAUUUAAUUGAACUCGAAAUCAUUUAAUUUCUUCCCCAAAUUAACCAUUCGUGUCCCUGUGUGUCUGCAAAGUGGAUUUGAGUAUUUAAGUGCACUAAGUACAACACUAAGUUAAGUGAAGGACUCCCUUUCUCCCACUUUAGUCCAUUUUAAUGGCCGUAAAUGAGCUCUGGCACUAACUGUGGUCUACGUUGUAAAAAUGAUUGUCCCUUAAAAUAUGAUUUUCUGCCUUUCCUUCCUCUCCUCUGUGGCUUCAUCGCUCACCGGCCUACUUUGCUGCCUGUCACUCGUCUAGGAUUUUAUGUCAAAGACAGUCUCAGAAACAUUUUCUCGCCUUACCUACAGCGGAGUUUCUUUGCCUGAAAACAGGAGAGGAGAUCAUCUUCUCUCAGACUUUCUUCCACCUCUUUUUGUUUCUUCCUCCAGUUUCGAUGAGCCUGUGGUUGGAAAUGAGACUUGUGAUUAUUGUCCUUUAAAUGUCCAAUCACCCUUGAGUUAACGUACGUUAUGAUGAAGUAGUUGUGCUUUUAUUUGAAGAAAAUCAUCAUUAUUUGUUAGUGAUUGCACUUUUUGAUUUCUUGCACAUUUGGCUCCCCUUCUUUUUGUCCACGGUCACAUGUAGUCUGAUAUUGAACUCUAUAAACCUCGUUUGAGUUCAGUAUGAUUAUAUAUUAGAAUAUAAUUACAACUGUGCAACUAUGAUAAUAUAUUUAUGAUUAAAUCAUUACAUUUUCUAGGAUGUUUUGUAGUGUAAAGAUGUACAGAGGCUCACUAUGGGGGGUGAAUGAGUGGAAGUGAGUUUGGGAAAUGUUCAGGUUGGUAAAGGCGGAUUUAGACUGUUAUCUGGUAUUUAAGAAAUACUUUAAAGUGUCAUUUUAUAAUUGUUUGAGUCUAUAUUGUUGCACCUUUUCAUGCAAGAAUUGUUGUAAAAUUGACUUUAGCUGCAAAGAUCAAAUUAAUAACCUUACAUUCAUUCUGUUUUUAAGAGCGAUGCUGACUUUAACGAUCAUUGUUCUAAUAUUAACAUCAGAUUUGAAACAAAAAUACAUUAUCUUUUAUUAGAAAUAUUGUUAACCAAACUCUGUAAACUGUGCUGUUUGGAAAUAUAAAUAUAAAUGAAAAGAAAAGUGCUUAGAAAACAGGAGAUCCUAACCUUAAAGUAAGAACGGUCUGAAUCCGCCUUCAGUAUUUGUUUUGAUGAUUCUUUUCCAUAUCAAUUACUGAUGACUUACCUCUGUUUGAUUCUCCAUAAUUGGUACCUGUUGAAUGUACUUUUUUAUAAUCUAAGAUGCAACAAUUCCAAGUGAUUUAAAAGCAAUUAUUUAAUUUUAUUCAGUCUUUACUUGAAUUGUGUUGUUUUUUUUUGGUGGCAGAAAUGAAUCUCCUGCCACAUUUUAUCGGACACUUUGUACAUUUACAGUUUGAUUUGCGUGGAGGAUGAGUGUGUGUUUUUUCAUAUCGAUCGAUGCUAGCACAAGUCUUCCUGAAUUGUAUAUUUUCAGUCAUUAUCUCCUGUGCUUUCAUUUUGGGAAGAUCUGGCAGCUUAUUGGAAAGUGUGUGUGUGUGUGUGUGAGAGAUGGGAAAUUGAAGAAUGCCAUUUUAUUGCAAAACCAUCACAACUAAUAUUGCUUCCUCUCCUUUUCUUGUAUGAUUUUUCCCCUUUCGUUUAGACUUGCAUCUCUAUAAUUGCUAAAAUGCCUUAACAUUGUACAGUUUAAUUUAAGUUUCACAUAUUGUAAAACACACCAGCUUUACAGGAAAUAAAUCCAAACACGUUAUCACACGCUUGUUAAGUGCACAUUAACAGAGAAGGAGCUUGUAGUUUUUUAAAACCACUAUAUCGUCGAGUUCCCUGGAGUACAAACGGGAGCCAUACUCUCCUCAGUUGCAUCAUCGUCCAUUAUGUCACCUUUUUGUUUGGUUUUCGCAGCGCUUACAGGCGAGUAUAAAGCCCACUGUGUGCCUUCUGCACUCCGAGCUGCAUCCUGUACAAACCGUGGAUAGAAACCCAUCAAACCCCCUCUUUCCUCUCCAGUGGAACUGCUGUAAAUUAAAGUUUAAAUAAACUGUCUCUAAAGUUCAA